UCUCACAAAAAAAUCAGAUUACUCAGUUCAAAAGUUGUAAGUUUUAUAAAAGGUUAUUGAUAUUAGAUUCUGUGUUUCUAAGAUGUGUUGAUAGUGAUCACUAAAAUGGAGAUGAGAGUCUCUACUAGAUCAUGUCCGGGUUUCAGAUUUUCGCCCGCAGAAGAAGAACUGGUCUUACACUAUUUGAGAAGAAAAAUAGAAGGAUCCAAAAAGUGUGAUGUUAUUUCAGAGAUUGAUGCAGUUAGACAUGAGCCUUGGGAUCUACCAGAGAAAUCAGCUACCCCGUCAGAUAAUGAGUGGUACUUCUUUUCUCCUCGUGGAAUGAAGUACACAAAAGGCGGCCAAAUUAGAAGAGCAACUCAAUUUGGCUAUUGGAAAGCAACAGGAAAACAACGGGAUGUGAAAUCAGGUGCCCGGGUUGUUGGAUCAAGAAGGACUCUGGUUUUCCACAAAGGUCAUGCUCCAAACGGGAAAAGGACUGAAUGGAUAAUGCAUGAGUAUAGCAUGAGCGGGACUCCUCAGGAAUCUUUUGUUGUGUGCCGUGUUCGCAAUCGUAAAAACAUUGAACUCAAAUGUAAUGACAUUCCUCCAAUAGAGUUGAAUCAGUCACUUAGUGGUGAGAGUAGUAUAUCUACUUCAGUAAGUAAUCUCCUGCACACUGCCAACAAUGUUGACCACAUGGGCAUGUUCCAAGAGCUCACAACAGCUUAUCAAUGUAAUAAUCCACACUCAGUUGACCAUUUUGAUUCUGAAUAUGAUAAGAAAUCAAAAGGUAUGGUCUUGCGGCAUGAAUCUUGCAGCUUGCCAAAGUUUCAGUGCACUGAAGGUGCUACAGAGAAUUCUUUUGCUGAUAUGUUAAAUGACGAUAUCAUGAUGCUCGAUGAUUCUUCAUUUGCCAAUCAUCUCGGAAAUGAUAUGUUGAAUGAAGAGUUUAUGGAUUAUAAGUUUGAGCAACCGAAAGAGAGUUUCCCAUCAGCUACACUGGCUACACCAACUUUGCAGGAAACAUCACCGCCAAUAAUUAUAAUAAGGUCGCGUAAAGGAAAUAAACCCAGAAAUCCACUACCUUUCCAGGGAACAGCACCCCGAAGAAUUAGAAUGAAGUGUCAGUAUAUGGAUGAACCUUCCGUGGAAGCCUCAGGCAUUAGAGAUGAAAUGUAUCAAAAUGUGGCGGAGUCAGCAGAGUUUCCACGUUGCCUCCUAACUACAGUGCUAGACAUAACAGUGAAUCAUCGACAUGUUACGGUUUUUGUAGUUCUCUUUCUCUUGGUUUCUGUUUCUGGCUUGUUCACAAAUUUUGUAAGGCAACUCCACUAACACCCGAUGAAAUAGCUUAAAAGAUACACUUGCUGAAGAUCCAUACAAACCUUCUCUACUAAAUAGAUCUAGUUUGCAACAUUGACGAUAUCUAUAUUCCUGGGAUGUGGAAAAAGAAGAAAUAUGAAGUGAUCAGAAGUAGAAGAAUCAUCUUUGAGGACAACAUACAUUCCGUAUGUGAACAGCCUCGUGUCUUUGGCGUGGGCAGCCUCGUAUCUUUAUCAGACGCUAAAGCAUAAAUCAAGUCACAGUGCCAGUUUUUUUAGUGCUGCAAACAUCUAGUCUGUCUAAAAGAACACAAGAAUAGGAUGCUCUAUUUCUCAUAUAUCAGUUUUAGUGUUACCGUUGAACGUGGAUGCCUGUUUUGGUAAUCGGAGUUUGUGGACAUUGUAUUAGCUCUUUUCUCUCAUGUUUCUGUUGUUGUUUCAGUCCAUGUUUACUAUUCAAAAUGCUUCCAGACUUGCUGCAGCUUUCAAAUUGUUCUGAGAUUUUUCAUGAGCUUAAUGAUUCUGCUCGGACGGUACUGCGUUUGUUAGUUAUAUUUAUGUCGAUGAUGGUAACUCUUAAUUAGUUCAAGAGCAGGCAGCUAGAAUGUCAGUCCACGAGGAGUUGGCUCAAUCUUGUUUCCGACUUCAUGUGUUCUUUUUCACUGUUUUUUUAAGUGUCACUGUUCUUUCUUUGUUUCCUUGUGCUCUAUUUAGUACUUUAACUGCAAGCUUGAGUUUCAACAAUCUGGAUUUUGAGUUUCUUGAUAUAUGUCGUACCGGAAAUGACUAAUGCUGGAUGUCUUCAUCAGCCUCAGUUUCUCUCUUUGAUGUAUUGAUUUUUACUAUGUUAAUAGUAUCUAAAUACUGUUUCAGGCAUAUAGUGACAGAAAUAAAUUCAUUUUUUUAAGUAAAUAUUAUCUUCAAGAGUAAUGUUUUAUGUACAUACUUGUAACUAGUAUGUAAACAGUGAUCACAUCCAGGGUUUUGUACAUGAUGUGAAAUAUUAGUUUGUUUUACAAUGUUUUGUUUGUAUGCUAUUAGUCCUUUAUGUUUUUUCAUAUUUGAAAGUGCAAUUGUAUGAUACUGUUUAUGUUUGAAAGUGCUGAAGCAACACUUUUCUUCCACCAGAUACUAGGAUAUUUUUUGGCCGUCUUAAUCAGAAGGAUAAGGAAGAAUAGAAACAUGUGAAAUAUAGUGUAGAAUUACAAAGUUGGACCCCCUGCCUAAUUCUAGUUCAACAUGUCAUGGCCUUGAUAGCUGUUUACAUCAUAGGAUAAAUUCACACACAUGCACACACAAUCACCACACAUCUGGAGAAUUCUGUUGAUUCACUCAACACACUAUGGCCUU